AUGGGCACAACACUCAAGGACCUGACCACAUAUAAAUUUGCAGAUAUUUCCUAUGCGGACUUUGAGCCAGAUAGGAGAUUUUGGCUUGCUUCACGUGUCAGCCCAUUAAUAUGUCCGGAUGCUGCAUAUGUUGGCCCAUAUAAAGGUGAAAUCCUAUCUUCUUUUGGACGUCUUAAUCACCCGAAGCAUUUAGAUCGACGCUUCAAUUUUAUCACGGGUGAAGUUCCAUCUUUCUUGGGAAAUUUGACCCAGCUUAAGAGUUUAAGUCUAGCAGGCAAUAUGUUAAUUGGGCAAAUUCCAUCCUCUCUUGGAAAUCUCGUCCAACUUACCAGUCUAGAUUUAAGCUUAAAUAAGUUAACGGGCGAAAUUCCAUUUUCCAUUGGAAACCUAGUUCAACUUACUCAUUUAGAUCUUGGAUACAAUCAAUUAAUGGGUGAGAUUCCACUUUCUUUCCAAAACCUCCUGGACCUUGGGUUCUUAACACUUCGGUCAAAUCAACUGAGUGGCAAAAUCCCAUCCUCGUUGGGGAGACUCACCCGGUUGAUUGAGGUUGAUCUUUCAUUCAACCAAUUCCAUGGUGCAAUUCCAAGCACGACUUUCCAAUUACAGGGUCUCCACACUCUUAAUUUGAAUUCAAAUAACUUGAGUGGCACUAUAAAGUUAGAUAGGUUUUCAGAGGCCAAAAGCCUUCAAGCACUUGGGUUAUCCUCUAACAAACUGUCGUUGAUUGUCGAAACCAACAUAACUCACAAGUACUAUGCUCUAGGUUUAGGAUCAUGCAACUUGAAUGGUUUCCCGGAGUUUCUGCAAGAUCAAGAUGACUUGUUUUUCUUAGAUCUAUCCUACAAUAACAUUUCUGGUCAAGUUCCUGAAUGGUUUCUGGAUGUGAGCACAACAAACCUACGUCAUUUGAACCUUUCCGGCAACUUUCUAUCAAGUUUUGCUCAAGACCCCAUUAUUUUCAAGUGGGAACAACUCGUUGUAAUAGAUCUCCGUUUUAACAAGUUGCAAGGAUCAAUUCCUAUUCCCGCUUCUGAGAAUAUGUGGUAUUACUUCAUCUCAAAUAAUAGGCUCUCAGGAGAAAUAUCGCCACUUAUAUGCAAUCUAAGCUCUAUCCAGAUGAUCGAUUUGUCUUAUAAUAAUUUGACUGGGUUUCUUCCACAAUGUUUAAGUAAUUUGAGUGGUACUUUGGAAGUAAUGAGUUUACAGAGCAACAACUUUAUUGGGAAAAUUCCUCCUUUGAAUGGGAAUUUCUGUGCGCUUGUUAUGAUUGAUCUAAGUUGGAAUAAAUUGCAUGGGCCAUUGCCAAGAUCGCUCCGCAACUGUGACAAUUUGGAAUUCCUGAAUUUCGGAAACAAUCAGAUUAGGGAUGUCUUCCCCUCAUGGUUGAGCUCACUUCUCAGGUUGAAGGUACUUAUAUUGCGGUAUAAUAGAUUUCACGGACUUAUUGGGGAACCCGCUGAUAGGAUUGAGUUCCCUGCACUGCAAAUCAUCGACCUAUCCCAAAAUAUUUUUUCCGGUAGCUUGCCAUCGGGAUACUUCAAGCAUUGGACUGCCAUGAAAGUUUUUGAGACAAAUUCGUCAAGCUACAUUGGGGAUGCUAUUAAGCGGGCUUGGAUUUUCUCUUCAGACACAACCUUUCAUUACUCUAUGAGAGUAGUUGCCAAAGGCAUCCAAAUGAAUUACUCAAAGAUCCAAGGGUACCUCACAUUGAUUGAUCUCUCGAGCAACAACUUUAGUGGAGCAAUCCCCAAGGCCAUCGGAAGCCUUAAGCAAAUAGUAUUGCUCAACCUUUCCAACAACAUUCUCUCGGGUCCUCUGCCUCCAUUCUUGGCAAAGCUAACCAAUUUGGAGGCGUUGGACCUAUCUCAAAAUCAGCUCUCAGGAGAGAUCCCUCAGAAGUUGACGCAACUCAAUUCGCUUUCGGUCUUCAACAUAUCUUAUAACAGUCUAACCGGGCCAAUACCGCAAUCACAACAGUUUGCUACAUUUGAAAACAAUUCCUACGAGGGAAAUUUGGGGCUAUGUGGCACUCCUAUGUCUAGAAAAUGCAGAGAUACCAAAACGCUAUCAGCAUCUCCUACAUCCGAAGAAGAUCAAGAUUCGGGGAGUGCAAUGGAAUUAGAAUGGAAGAUCGUGUGCAUGGGGUAUGCAAGCGGGUUAGUGAUUGGAGUAGUCCUCGGGAACUGCUUGAUCACAAGAAGAAGGGUUCAGCGUCUUGCGAAGAACUUCGGCAGAAGAAAACAAAGGCGAAGAAGGUAG